CCGAAUUGUCCUCUCCUGCGAACCUGUUGCACAAAAAUUCUGAAUUGGUUGGCUCUUCGGUCAAGGCUCUCCAUGGCGGCACUCUCUCUUCUCUCCCUCCUCCUCCUCCUCCUCCUCCCUCUGUCCCUCCUCCUCCUUCUCUCCCUCAUCGUCCGCCCCCGCCCCGUCAAGAUCCCCAUCAAGGACCGCCACGUCUUCAUCACUGGCGGCUCCAGCGGCAUCGGCCUCGCAAUCGCCCACCAUGCCGCCGCCGAGGGCACCCGCGUCUCGAUCCUCGCUCGGUCCCAGUCCAAGCUGGAGGAGGCCAAGCAGGGAAUCCAGCUCGCCACAGGGAUCGACGUCGCGACCUUCUCCGCCGACGUCCGCGACUUUGAUGCCGUGAGGCGCACAGCAGAGGAGGCCGGGCCGGUGGACGUGCUGGUGGUGAACCAGGGGGUGUUCCUCCCCGAGGAACUGGCCAAACAGGAGUUGGACGAGGUCAGGUUAAUGAUAGAUGUCAAUCUGAUCGGCAGCUUCAACAUGAUCAAGGCAUUUUUGCCGGCGAUGAAAGCUAGGACUGAUCGUAGGCCGGCUUCAAUUGCUCUCAUGUCCUCUCAGGCCGGACAGGGGGGGAUCUACGGCUACACUGCUUACUGCGCAAGCAAAUUUGGGCUCCGAGGAUUGGCCGAAGCACUGCAACAAGAGAUUAUUGCCGAUGACAUUCACGUUUCGCUCGUUCUCCCACCGGAUACCGAUACUCCUGGACUAGUGGAAGAAACUAAGAGACGACAUCCGAUAUCAAGCAUCAUAGCUGCUUCUUCUGCUGCAAUGACAGCGGAUCAAGUUGCUGAGAAGACAUUAAACGGGAUCAAAUCUGGCAGCUUUAUUGUGCCUUGCAACUUUGUGGGCUACUUGCUAGCAAUUGCUACUGCUGGUUUGUCUCCUCAAAGAUCAUACACCAUGGCAUUCGUGGAGGUGGUUGGUGCUGGUAUUUGCCGUCUUGCCGGCCUCUUCUUCCAGUGGAACUGGUAUGGCAGUAUAGAAAAGUGGCAUGCGCAAAGUAAGCAGUGACCCGUGAGUGUUCCGCAGUGGACCUCCUUAAUGCCGGUUUGUUUUGUCGUCUGUUGCUGCUGUCGUUGCUUUGAGUUUUGUUAUGUGACACGAUGACUUUAUAUAUGAUGCUUUUAUUUGAUCUUUGUAUAGCCUGAGAUACCGUUGGCAUUUUGGAGUAUGAUGACAAUUUGUAAAAAGAAGAUGAUUUCAGAUGCUCGAUUGUUUCCAGUAGAA